CCCCACAGUCCAGUGUAUCUUGGUUGGACCCUCUUGAUUUCCGUCGAGUUGUCGGCGGAAUCGCAAAUGACGAGUCAUAUGACCCAGACGUACUAGAAGCUGUUGUUUGAGCCUGUGUCCUUAUUCUUCACGGUGGAGUUUCUCUGUAGGUUUUCCAGAAUGUUGCCUUUAAUCCUAAUAGGUCUACUGGCCUGUGCCUCUGCCAAACCAUGUGCAGAUAGUGAAGGCUCACACCAAGAGGUGCUUCUCUCAAUCAAUAAGAACCUCCUUCGCUCUAUGGGGACGCAGGAGGAACCUCCCAAUCCCAGCGUGCACCUGGCAUUACGACUUUCGAACGUGCACAACCUUGCCAAGGAGAACGAGCACCUGAACAGACUCAAAACCAAAUUGCACAAUGACAUACAAAACUCUCUCUCUAACAGCCAGCCAAUAGAUGGCCUCCUGGCACUAUACACUCUGGCCUUAAAGUCCUCCUGCUAUGACCUCAACACCGUCACCUUCACUGUGGCUGAGAAGAGGGAGACUCUGCUGACAGUCCUGAAGAAGCAGAUGGAGGACGAGAAGGAGCAUAUUGCCUUCAGCCAACGCCCUUCGACCAACUAUUACCAGUACUCCCUGGGUAUUCUGGCUCUUUGUGUCAGCGGCGUCAGGGUCAACAACCAUGUCAGCAACAAGCUUAUUAAGGCCGUAGAACAUGAGCAUUUCAAACAUGGAGACUCUGUGAGUAUAGAUACCUAUGCCAUGGCUGGAAUGGCUCUCCAGUGUGUGAAGACUGCAGGUUUUCAUGUGCACGGUGCUGCUGAGCUCAACAUUGCCCUCAGCACGAUUAAGCAGAAACUCACUACAGCUCGCAGGGCUGAUGGCCAUAUCGGCAAUGAAUUCAGCACAGGUCUUGCAGUUCAGGCCUUAUUGGCAAUGGGCAACCAGGUGGAGGAGUGUGCUGCCUCACUGGAGGCCAUGAGGACAGACGCCAGAAGGAACAUAUACCACAACCCCAUGGCUAUGUCUCAGAUUCUACCAGCUCUCCAGCAGAAAUCCUACCUCACGGUUCAAAACCACGACUGCCUCAAUGAGGAUGACACUCUGGUGCUGGAGCCCACUGAUCCUGUGGUAGUUACAGCCAGUGACAGCAACGUGGCAGUGGCAGUGACAGUGGAAGUCAUCACGUCUGGUGGGGUGGCUGCUGUUUACUCUGUGGAUGUGCCAAAGGGCAGCUCUUUGUUGGAGGCCCUUGAACUCCUCAAGGGGAAAAAUGCCGGCUUCACGUUUGAGACAGAGUCCAGCCUGUGGGGACCAUUCCUCAGUAUGGUGAAUGGAGAGCAGGCCAGGCAGAGUGACCGCAGAUACUGGCACCUCUCCUCUGAUGGCACUGGUCUGACUGAGGGUAUCAAUGACUAUAAGAUUGAAGCAGGACAAAAGGUGACCAUUAAAAACACAAGCUAUUGAGAGUCAGUCGGUGAAGGAUCCAAAGCUUUCAUAUCAAGUUUAACCUAUAUUUACACUUAAUCAGAAUGAUUCACUUUAGGUACUGUAGAAUGUGUCAAUAUUACUAAUAUAACAUACUGUAUGUUAAAUUACUGUGAAAUGUUUUACAAAAUGCAAUUGUAUUUUCAAACAAAUAAAGCUGUGAUAGAUUUUUAAAUUCA